UAAGCACUAAUGAUUAGUAAAAAAACGUGUUUUGUAAAUUUUUCGAUGGGAUGCUAGAAUGACUUAAAUUUCUAACAGCUAAAAUUUCGAGUUUAUAAACGUUGAAUGCGACAGUUUGGCGAGACAGAUGAAUUCGACUAGAACUUUGAAUGUCGAAAAUAAAUAAAUAAGUAGAAACUACAAGGUUAUUCGCGAAGCACGUUUACAUUGAAGAUAAAAUGUAACAAUAAAUCGCGCCCAGAGAACGGCGACGACUGAAAUAUCGAUUUUCCGAAAAUUCGACUAUCACUCUUUCGAUUCAUAAAUUACGACAAUCGCUAUUCUGCGUACCUAAGUUUUAUAGGCUCGAAAAAUUCACUUCCGAUUUUUUGCUACUCUGUAUUCUGGUCUGUCUAUAAAACAACUACUCAUAUCUCCAUUUUUAAUUGGAAAAUAUGAAUUUUUGACGAUCGUAUAGUCUGUUGAAAUUCUAUUCGAAAUGAAAACUCCGGAACUAUAUUUUUUCGAGUAAAUACGAAUUCAAAGAAGAAAUAAUUCGAUUAAAUGCGUAAUCUCCUGAAUGCUAAUCAGAAAUAAGAAUUUCGAAUCACUUAUUUUUCUGCAGUCUGAUAUGACAACUUUUAAAGUUUCGAAAUGUCGACCGUUCUAUUUUUCGGUUAUUUGACAUAUUAUAUUGAACCCUACCCGAAAAUGACUUCAUAUUCGACGUAUAAAUAUAGGCACUUGUGUUUAUAAAUUUCUAGAUUUAAUUUUUUCAUUACAUAUCAAUAUCAUUACAAAUUCCACUAGGGACUUUGUGCCGUUUUGGAACAUGUGGCAAUUGGGCAUACUGUCGGGCUUGGUACUGGCGAGUUUUGUCGUCGCUGGUCAACCGAACGUAUCCAAUAGAACAUCUGGCUGCGCGUGCAUUCCUUUUUACGCGUGUCGAAAUAAAAAUGGAGAACUUCGCUACGAUGUCAGGGAUUUUGGAUCGUGUGACAAUCUAUUAGACGUUUGCUGCAAGUGGAGGGAUGUUGUUCAACAAGUAGUGCCGCUACCAUCGCAACAAAGUAGUUGCCAGCGUACUAAGCAAGGCUUGUUCCCAUCAAUGGUCGCACUUUUCAGCAAUAGUAGAUUUGACGUAAGGGUUGGUUCACUCAUCCAUCCUCAGGCUGUCCUUACUGCAGCUUUCAAUAUCAAAAACUUUCAGGAAAAGCCACCCUACAAGAGAAUAAUAGUUCGUGCUGAUAACCAAGAACGAUAUGUUGAUCUUAUCGUAGGAUAUAAUCACAGUAACACCGUGCAACCUCGGUGGAAUGAUCUUGCCAUUUUAAUACUAUCGAAACCCUUCGAUCUUGGUUCAAACGUUAAUGUUGCUUGUCUACCGGAGAGCGAAGAUCAGUUUAACAAAUCAGCUUGUUUCACUCUUGGUUUGAACUACAAUGCAUUCACCGAUCAAGUAAUACAAAAAGGAAUCCAGCUUCCGAUAAUAUCACGUGAGGAUUGCAACUCUCAAAUACAACGUGUAUUUUCCGAUAAAACAUUCCAUAUCGAACAAAACAAUGUUUGCUCCAAAGGUUUUGAAGCAUUCAACAUGUGCGAGGGCUUCGACGGUGCUCCCGUGGCCUGUCCUGUCAAGAAUAAUCCAAGUCAAUACGUUCAAGUAGGCGUCAUAUUAUGGGGCCCUACAUGUCAGAAAGAUAGCCCCACGAUCAGCACUCACACUGCGGGUAUAAGUAGAUGGAUCGAUGAACAUUUCAGACCCGUACCACAACGACCACAAAAGAGUUGUGGACAACGAGUUAACGGCAAAUUCCAAUCGGUGGUCAUGAUUGUCAGCAAAGUAUCGGGAGAGCCUCUACUUAAGUCACCUACUGGUUCACUCAUUCAUCCUCAGGCAGUCAUUACUUCAGCUGCCAGGCUCCUAAAACAAAGUGCCAGUAACAUAAAAGUUCGUGCUGGUGGCCAAGAACGAGACGUUAGGAGCAUUAUAAACCACGAAAAUUUCAGACGAGAUAGCCUGCGGAAUGAUCUAGCCAUUUUAAUCCUCUCGAGUCCUUUCGAUUCUGCUGAAGACAUUGACUUUGCUUGUCUACCAGAGAGUGAAGAUCAGUUUGAAAAAUCAGAUUGCCUCACUUUGGGUUGGAACAUUGAUGAUCAGACCAGUUACCACCAAUGGACACAGAAAAAUUACAAGCUUCCAAUAAUGGAGCGUGAAUUUUGCGACUAUUUGGUCAAGAUUCUUCACAAUCAUCCCGUCUACCAUAUUAUUAAUCAAAAAGUCAUCUGUACCGGUGGCAAAGCAGGAAUCAAUGUGUGCGGGGGUUACGGCGGAGGUCCUUUAGUCUGUCCUAUGAAAAAUGAACCAAAUCGAUACACUCAAGCAGGUAUCGUAUCUUGGGGCCUUUCAUGCGAUAGCAGGUACCCCACAAUCAACACGAACGUCGCAGAGGCACGUGAAUGGAUCGACCAGACAAUGAGGGCCCACGAUCUAGACACUUCCUCGUAUACUUAUUGAUCGCGAACCAUAUCAACACGAUGAAACCGAGGCUGUCACAUCCGGUUUUGCUACCACGACCAGGAACGAAAUCGAUAAACCGAAUUUUAAAACUUUAUUAUAUUUUUACUGUAUUUUUAAAUGGAAAUUAAUAUGGGAUUCGUAAUGGGAAUACGAAUAAAAAUGAGGGCAACUUCUCAA